AGAUCUGUGUGAGGCAAUUUGCUAGCUAACGUUAGCUAUCUUAGCAACGAUGUCAUCCAGCAACAAAAACAAGGACAACUUCGUCGACAAGACAGGUGGAAGGCUGUGUUGCUCCAAAAAUGAUAUGAAGAUCAGUAAACUCAGAAAGGAGAAUGCAUAUCUCAGGAAGUCAUUGGAUGAGCUGUCUCCUCAGAAAGGAGAACGAUCAGAUUCUGGAAAUAACAAGCUUUUAUUAGAGAAAAUCCUGUCACUGGAGACUCUACGGGAGAAGAACGCUCAGCAGCUGCUGGCCAGAGACCAGGAAAUCUGCUCUCUUUGGCAGCAGGCCCAUGCGGCAGAAGGUGAGACAGUGGCCGGUCUGCAGGCCCAGAUAGACCACUAUGUCAGGGAAGCCGACCAGAGAAAAAAACUCUUCCAGUCACUCCAAGCCGAGACAGAGGACGUUAAGAACAAGCUGGUGUCCGUGUCUGCUAAGUGCCAGGAGCUGGAUAGUAGACCUGGCGCUGAGCAGCAGAGUUGCCCAUCAGAUGGACAGGUGCUCACCACCAGUACUGCAAUGAGCCACGACCACCUCACAGAUGCCCUGGAAAAGAACCAGCAGUGGCUGGCCUACGACCAGCAGAGAGAGGCGUAUGUGAAGGUGGUGUUGGCCCGGGUGUUUGGGCUGGAACAGCAGCUGAACCAGGCCAAGCAGGCCCUCGCACAGCAGCAUAAAGACGCCCACUCAGAAGAGAGGUCAGUACAGAUACAGAAGCACUAUGAGAAAUUGUUACUGAUGACCAAGAGGGAGCUGGAAACUCAGAGAGAGCAGGUCAACACAGCCCAGAGACAACUGUCUGAGCUGCAGUGUAGGUAUGAGGAGAAGCAGAGAGAGGUGGGAGAGGUGAGGCAGCAGUUCCAGGCGGAGAAGCUGAGUAUCUGGCAGAGUGUCCAGAAGGAGAAGCGUCGCUCUGGGGACAGAGAGGGCCAUCUGUGGGAUGACAUGGAAGAGCUCCAGGCUAGACUAGAGGAAAAGGAGACCAGGUCUGCUGAGCUCCUAGUACAGGUGAAUCUACUGCAGAAAUCCCUACUGAGCCUGCAUGAGGAGCAGAAACGCGUCACAAUUCUGGAACAGCAGAUCCAGGUGUCCGCCAAAGACCUGGAGGAUGAGAAGCGAGACUGUCUGUAUUUACAACAACAGCUCCACAAGGUGUUGAAGGAGUUACGCAAGGCAAAGGACCACGUUGCCAAACUCGAGUCAGAGAAGGGGCAGAGGGAGUUGCAGACCCCCAGCGCUCACUGCAGACCCCCAGCACCCCUGAAGCGCUCCAAAGAGAGCGUCACCUCCCACUCUCAGGUCCCCAAGCUGCUAGACGAGAGCUUCUUAGAGUGCCCCAGCUGCCAAGCCCAGUACCCCACCAGGCACCACCGAGAGCUGCUGGCCCACCUCGAGCACUGUCUGUAA